CGCCAGAUUUUCUCCACUCCCCCUGCAGCAUCUAAAGAUCACACACACUCUAAUUCGGCCACCUCGAUCAACAUCCCAUUCGCAGCAGAGAGUUGAGCGUCUGUACGUGCUAGACUGAGGGAAAAAUCAAGAUGGCUACUGCGUUUGCUCCCCCGAUGGCAAGCCAGCUGAUGAAGAGCAGCCUGGCGUGCUCCAAGCCCAGGGGCCUAUCCGGUGCUUCCCUGACGAGGAGGCCCCGCUUCGUCGUCAAGGCUAUCAAGCCCGACAAGGCAACGUACCAGGUGGUGCAGCCCAUCAACGGCGACCCAUUCAUCGGCAGCCUGGAGACCCCGGUGACGUCGAGCCCGCUGGUGGCGUGGUACCUCUCGAACCUGCCGGCGUACCGGACGGCCGUGAGCCCGCUGCUCCGGGGCAUCGAGGUGGGCCUGGCCCACGGGUACCUCCUCGUGGGCCCCUUCGCGCUGACGGGCCCGCUCCGCAACACCCCCGUGCACGGGCAGGCGGGCGCCCUGGGCGCCGCGGGCCUCGUCACCAUCCUCAGCCUCUGCCUCACCAUGUACGGCGUGUCGUCCUUCGACGAGGGCGCGCCGUCCACCGCGCCCACGCUCACGCUCACGGGCCGCAAGAAGGAGGCCGACAAGCUGCAGACGGCCCAAGGGUGGUCGCAGUUCACCGGGGGGUUCUUCUUCGGCGGCAUCUCCGGCGUCCUCUGGGCUUACUUCCUCCUCUACGUGCUUGACCUCCCCUACUUCUUCAAGUAGAAAGAGUUUUGUGAUGGUGAUAUGCAUCGGGUAGAUGAUGAUUCGCGUCAAUGUUUGUUGUACUUGUAAGUUGUAAACUUGUUACUUGGGGGUGUUGAUUUCUCAGCUGGCCGGGUGAAAUCGAUUUACACAUGGACCAAUGCAAUAUUGUAUAUUUCGAAAAGGAAAUGUUCCAUUGUCAUAAGGAUAGGAUGCAAA